UUAGUAGCCUAAUCCUCGCAUUCACCAGAGAGGGGAGUCCCAAGCCCAGCCCCACGCGUUAGUGGCAGGAACAGAACCGACGAGUCAUCCAUACUCCCACAGAAAAACUGAACAGGUGGUCAGAAAUGCGUACGUGAGUACCUUUGCCAUGGAUCAAAGAUGAUUUUCCUACACCUCGUGUAUCUUGGGUACAAUUUCUAUAUCGCCAAAGAGAACUGAUGACAAACAUCUCUUCACAAAGUAGCAGUGCUCGGCAGACCUAGCGCUUUCACUGGAAUCAGAGGGAAUAUCAGGAACUAUGAAAGUCACCGUGUGUUUUGGAAGGACCAGGGUGGUCGUUCCUUGCGGCGAUGGGAAUAUCAAAGUGCACAGUCUGAUCGAACAAGCAGUAAUGCGAUAUAAGAAAGCCAUUGCCAAGGACCAAGCCUACUGGAUUCAGGUGCACAGGUUCGAACAUGGGGACGGCGGUAUCCUUGAUCUGGAUGAUGUGCUGUGUGAUGUAGCUGAUGACAAAGACCGGCUGGUGGCGGUGUAUGAGGAGCAGGAUCCUCACCACGGUGGCGAUGGCACCAGUGCCAGCUCCACGGGCACUCAGAGCCCCGACCUGUUUGCUGCCAGCGGUGGUGGUGGUGGCGGUGGUGGUGGUGGUGGCGCACCAGAGCUCAACUCCAGCAGCAUGUCGGCCUUUCAGCCGUACCAGGCAGCCAGCGAGAUCGAGGUCACGCCCUCGGCCCUCCGGAGCAACAUGCCCUUGCACGUGCGGCGCAGCAGCGACCCGGCCCUGGCUGCCCUGACUGAAGCCCAGCUGCGUCCAGAGGAGCCGUCCAGGAAGAACCCCACGCGCUGGUCCACCACAGCCGGCUUCCUCAAGCCCAGCGCCCACAACACCAUUAGUGGAACCGGCACCAACAGCCUGGAGAGAAAGGUGAGCGCCCACAACACCAUUAGUGGAACCGGCACCAACAGCCUGGAGAGAAAGGGAAAAGGGGUGAACUCAUACCGGAGCCUUCCUCGUGACACUGCAGCGUGGGCCACACAGUUCCAGAGGGAGAAUGCCCGCUCGUCGCUCAGUGCCAACCACCCAAUGGUGGACCGCUGGCUGGAGCGCCAAGAACAGGAAGAGGAGGAGGAGGAGGAGGAGGAGAGAAGAGAGGAGGAGCGGAAUGGCAGAAUUGAGCCUGUUGGACGAGCAGACUCCUGCGUAGAACACACUCCUGUCUCGUUAGAUGACAUGCUAGAGCUGGUAGAGGUGUCUAAUGCCGGAGGACCCUUGGGAAUCCACGUAGUGCCCUUCAGUGCCAGAGACCGAAGCUGCGUGAAUGGGGUUGACCUGAAUGGGAAGACUCAGGAGGAAGUGGUGGCUCUGCUGCGCUCCACCCCUAUGGGUGGCACUGUCAGCCUGCUCAUCGCGCGCCAGGAGGACGCCUUUCUGCCCCGAGAGGUGACGCCAGCGGAGGAUGACCUUGUGUUGACCCCAGAUGGUACACGGGAGUUCCUGACGUUUGAGAUCCCCCUAAGUGACUCAGGGUCUGCCGGUUUGGGUGUCAGUGUUAAGGGCAACCGCUCUAAGGAGAACCAUGCUGACCUGGGCAUCUUUGUCAAGUCUAUUAUCAACGGUGGGGCAGCUUGUAAGGAUGGACGGCUUCAUGUCAAUGACCAGCUGGUUGCUGUCAACGGAGAGUCCCUGCUGGGCAAGACCAACCAGGAAGCCAUGGAAACACUACGGAAAUCCAUGUCCGUCGAGGGCAAUAUCCGUGGAAUGAUCCAGCUCAUCGUCGCCAGGAGAGUCAGCGGAAGAGACGAGCAGGAGUGUCCAUCCGAUGGCUCGGGUCCAGACCUGUCAGCAUCCUCACGAGAGGACCACGAGAGGCGCAUCUCACACUCCAUGUACCCCGCCCUGGACAGCCUGGACGAGCCCCUCACGCCGAGGGCCAGCAUGAUGGGCAGGAUGAUAGGUAACUACCAGCUCUCUCCCACCGUCAACAUGCCCCAGGAUGACACAGUCAUCAUCGAAGAUGAUCGGCCGCCUGUCCUGCCUGCCCGCCUCUCUGACCAAUCAUCUUCCAGCUCCCACGACGACGUGGGUUUCACCGUGGAAACACCCCCACCCUGGGCACAAGACGUCCAGAUACAGAACGAGUCCUCUCUGAGUCCAGACGCAGACGCAGACCAGGACCUCACUUUCCAGCGGGAGGGCUUUGGCCGCCAGAGCAUGUCUGAGAAGCGCACCAAACAGUUUGGGGACGCUUCCCAGCUGGACAUCAUCAAGACUCGCAAGUCCAAGAGCAUGGACCUGGUAGCUGACGAGAUUAACCCCAAUGCCUGCACUGAGAGACUGAAAGGUUCCCCAAGUCGAGAUGUUGGCCCAUCUCUUGGUCUGAAGAAAUCCAGCUCCCUCGAAAGCCUCCAGACUGCCGUCGCUGAGGUUACCCUCAAUGGAGACAUCCCCUUUCACAGGCCCCGCCCCCGGAUCAUAAGGGGGAGGGGCUGCAACGAGAGCUUCCGUGCCGCCAUUGACAAGUCAUAUGAUCGUCCGGGCAUGACCAUCGCUGCCACAGAGGAGGAUGACGAAGGCAUGGAAACUUUGGAGGAGGACACAGAGGAGAGCUCUCGGUCUGGCCGUGACUCGGUCUCCACGGCAACUGACGUGGCCGUUGGCACAGUUAGCCCCGACUCUCGGCAGGUCAAUGGAAGCCGUCCGAAGGAAGACAGGAAGAAAGAGAAAGGUGGUAAAGAGAGGAAGAAGCAAGACCGAGACAAGGAGAAGGAGAAGGAGAAGAACAAAGCAAAGAAAGGGAUGCUCAAGGGCCUUGGAGAUAUGUUCAGGUUUGGCAAGCACCGAAAAGAUGAGAAGCUUGGCGACAGGAUGGAGCGGAAGGAGUCUAGUAGAUCCAAGAUGGAGGACACGCAGGUCUCGGAGGAGGAGACCCUGCGAAUGCAGUUAGAGCGGGAAAGGAUCCAGGCCAAGACCAGGGAGCUGCGUGAGCGUCAGGCCAGAGAGAGGGACUACGCUGAUCAGGACGUCAACCGAACCCUGAGCUCCGAUGACGCACCCUACGCAGGCAUCGGCUCCUUUGACUCCUCCAUCGACAGUGACCACCACCAGCGUCCCCAGAGCCCUCAUCGUCAGGACGACUCGCAGCCACUCGAGGCACUCUAUGCCCAAAUCAACAAGCCCCGCAAUGGCCGCCCUCCGUCUGCCAACAGCAACCGGCUGGCGCCUAGCAACCACGAGCGGAUACAGCGUCUGCGGCACGAGUUCCAGCAGGCCAGGCAGGAGGGGGACGACGACGAGCCGGACGACCGCCGACGCACGUACAGCUUCGAGCAGCAGCCCUGGGCUAACGCAGGUUCGUACACGCAGACGGGGCGCCACUCGGUGUCUGUGGAGAUGCAGAUGCACCGGCAGCGACAGGACGACAGCAGAGACACCUUCCAACAAACCCAAAGACAGUACAACUCUCUACCACGGCAUCCUCGUAAGAACCCCAGCUCCGUCUCUCAGGACUCGUGGGAUCGCGCCUACCCUCCAGGAGAAGGCUUCCAGACGGCCAAGGAGAACCCGCGCUACUCCAGCUACCAGGGCUCUCGCAACGGCUACCUGGGCUCGUCCACGGGAGGCUUCAACGCACGCGUCCUUCUGGAGACGCAGGAGCUCCUGCGGCAGGAGCAGCGUCGCAAGGAGCAGGAGGCCAAGGCCAAGCUAGAGAGCGGCACCAGCGUCAGCGCCAACACCUCCAGCAGCUACGGAGAGCCCCAGGGGGAUCCCUCGCACCCCCACUCUCCCUCCCAAGCCUCCACCCCCACCAAAGGGCCCUACCGGCAGGACGUGCCACCCUCCCCCUCUCAACUGGUCCGCCUCAACCGGCUCCAGUCUGUGCAGGAGAAUGCACGGCCAUUUUACUCAUGAGGAGAGAAAGGGAGCACAGGAGGAGAGGGACCAGGAGGAGAGGGACCAGGAGGACUUGAGGAGCCGCAGCAAUAAUGACAUUUUAGAAUGAGAACAAACGUGUGAAGCCAGCUAGCUUUCGAAAUGAGGAGAAACAAUCAGAAACUAUUUUUUGUUUUGUUUUGUUUUUGUUUUGGUCUGGUUGUGAUUUAAUUCUGCAUCUACCAUUUGUCUGUGAAUUUGUCAUUUUGUUUUUCGGGGGGGGGACGUUUUGCUUUUUGUCCAACCAUUGGUUUUUAAACUUGGGUCCAUCGGCUCUUCCUCCUCCAGGAUCAGUGCCUUGAUAUGUAUGACUGACUGUGUGCAUUUGUGUGUGAAGAGGCCACAUGGCAUUGGCAUGUGUGCGGAAUAGAGAAAGCUGCCGUUGUUAACCCUGAUAAUCAGGAUGAUCUAGAUUUUGCAGCUGUACAGAUGUGUGGAGACCUUUCCUGUUGGGACACCAUUUGCUCUGCAGUGGCUUUUCCUAUUCCAAGUGGUUUGGAGCUCGUGGGAGAGUGUCACGGGAGGUACUGUUCUGUGGCUUACUGUACAUGUGGCGUAUAAGAGUGAUGAGUUACGUGCUCAGUAUAUGGUUCUGCACCUGUAAACUGUACCACAAACAAGAUACAGGCCAGAUAUAAUCACAAUAACCGUGGACGUGUACUACACAUUGUGUGUGUGUGUAUGUGUAUGUUAGUGUGUGUGUGUUAUUGUGUGUGUGUGUGUGUGUGUGUGUGUGUGUGUGUGUGUGUGUGUGUGUGUGUGUGUGUGUGUGUGUGCACGCAUGCACGCUCGCCUGCUGUGUUAACCAGCAUGGCUGAGCAGGGGGGGGGGAAACCCCUUUGGCUGAGGGUCAUGAACGUAAGCCUCCUAGGAAAUCCUCUCAAUCUCAGUCACGCUCUUCACUUUGAUUCAUGGUCUGAGGGGCUUCUCCCUCUGUGUCUGUCCUCUGUCCCGUCCCCAUGGCCCAUGGUUUGUUUGUCUGCUCUCCGCUCUUCAGACGGAGGUGAAUCUUUAGAUCUUCUUACACCCUGAGUGGCCCCCUGUCUUGGGAUUUCAUUUAGUAUAAAACAAGGUCAGGGAUGUGUUAUUAAUUAAUGUUACUCAUGAAAAAUGCAUCCGUGUUGACUCACCAGGGGGUGUGAAGUAUUAUGCUUUUUGUGUUCGUGGAUGUGUGUGUGUGUGUCACCAUCGCUGUGUUGUGUCUGGAUGUUUUUAGGGGUUUGCUUUCCAGAUGUGUGUGCACAUCUGUAUCUGAAAGAGAGUGCAAAUGUGUUUUGUGUAUCUGUGUGCAAAUGUUUUUAUUUCUUUGGCCCUAGUCUUGGCUUUUGGUGGAGGUUAAUGGUACCUUUGGCAACCUUUUGUCUUCCUGCUAAGGAGGACACUUUAGCGUGCCCGUUGUCUGGUGGCACAGGUUAAUGGGAGCCUUCUCACACCACUGGCGUGUAUUCCGAUAGCCUGGCACAGAGGUGCUCGUGAUUCCACAGCGGAGCCCAGGCCUGAGUUAUAACUAUGCAUCUUGAGACCUUGUUAAACCUACUGCCGUGUCAUGACAAAUUAAGGCUUUUUUAUUUUAUUUUUUUAAUCCAGUCCAUUUUCCAUUCCAAUCUAUUUUAUGUUGUGUGUGUGUGUGUGUGUGUGUGUGUAGGUAUGUGCGUUUGAGUGAGUGUGCUGGAUCUGUGUGGGUACAUGCGUGUGUGUGUGUGUGUAUACGGGAAGGGCAGUACCUGCAAUAUGAUGUUGCUGUGUGUAUUCACACCCACAGAGAGAAAGAAAAGAACAAGACUGUUUAACAAUAAUUCAAUUCACUCAGCCACUGUGUGUUGCGCUAGCAAUUCACUCAGUCACUGUGUGUAGCGCUAACAAUUCACUCAGUCACUGUGUAUAGCGCUAACAAUUCACUCAGUCACUGUGUAGUGCUAGGAAUUCACUCAGUCACUGUGUAGCGCUAGCAAUUCACUCAGCCACUGUGUGUAGCGCUAGGAAUUCACUCAGCCACUGUGUGUAGCGCUAGCAAUUCACUCAGUCACUGUGUGUAGCGCUAGCAAUUCACUCAGUCACUGUGUGUAGCGCUAGCAAUUCACUCAGUCACUGUGUGUAGCGGUACCAAUUCACUCAUUGACUUUUCAGCACAUUUCCCCCAUUAUUUUUUUAAUCCCCUCAACUUUAAAUCCUGCCCUUCUAGCUGAAAUUGUUAAAAAAGCAGGCCUUAGUGGAUGCUAUUUAAUUUCCUUCAUAAGCACUGCUUAAGCCAUUU